CCUCACUUACGCAAACCGAAACUUUUUCACUUCACUUCCUCUUCUGGCUCGAUUUACAAAAGCACCAUCGAAAGGCUGUCUCUGUCUCAGUGGAGUUUCCACAGUCUCCCAGCUAUGUGCACAGCAAUGGACAGCAGGGUUCAAGGUGGUAAAGCAUUUGGCGUCCUCAAGUCUCAACAGGAAGAAAAACUGACCUCUAUUAAUGAGGCCUUUCUUUCAGAUCCCCAAUAUGCAGAAGAGGAAGAACUUGCCUCAAAGCUUGAAAUGUUUAAAAAAAAAUACAUGGAGUUUGAUAUGAAUGACAAAGGAGAAAUAGAUAUAAUGGGGUUAAAACGAAUGUUGGAAAAAAUGGGUCUGGCCAAGACUCACCUGGAGCUGAAAAAGAUGAUGUCAGAGGUGGUUGGAGGGACGUCGAAAGACACUUUUGGCUACAAUGACUUCCUGAACAUGAUGCUGGGAAAAAGAAAUGCAAUCCUAAAACUGAUCUUAGCAUUUGAAUGCAUGGGGAAGGAACAGGAGCAGAAAGAUGUUGGACCACCAACCCGCAAAAAAAUCUCAGACCUGCCCUGAACAAGCUCUCCAUCCUAAACUGGAAUCAGUCUCAUUGAGACUUUUUUUUUAUGUUAACUCCUAAAUGUUUUCAAAAUCAUGUCAAUACAGGAAAAUCUAAAACUUUUAAUUAAAUAACUGAAUCUACAUAAAAA